GCGGAUCGGGAAAGAUCGGGUUGCAUGGAGGCGCUUAGCGAUGCGCAGGUCGCGCUCUUCGCGUCCGGUGGCGCGCUCGCCGACUACGCGAUCCUCAAGCCCAUCGGGAAGGGCAAGUUCUCGGUCGUCUACCGCGCCAAGCGCAUGGCCGACGACGUGCUCGUCGCGCUCAAGAAGAUUGCGAUCGACGUCAUGGACAAACGCGCGCGCGAGAAGACGCUCAAGGAGGUCCGGCUCGUGCAGUCGGUGCACCAUCCCAACAUCAUCCAGUAUCUCGAUGCGUUCAUCGCUGGGAACGAGCUCUGCAUCGCCUUCGAGUGGGCCGAAGCGGGCGACCUCAAGCGACAGAUUCGCAAGGCGAACGAGAAGGACACGCGCUUAGACGAGCGACUCGUGUGGAAGUACUUUGCACAAAUCGCGGCCGCAAUCGACCACAUGCACACACACCGCAUCAUGCACCGGGAUAUCAAGCCCGCCAACAUCUUUCUCAUGUCGUCGGGCCAGGUUAAAGUCGGCGAUCUCGGGCUUGGCCGCCACUUGAGUGAGAACACGAUGGAGGCCCACUCCAAGGUGGGCACGCCGCUGUACAUGUCGCCCGAGGUGCUGCGUGGCGACGGCUACGACUGGAAGUGCGACGUCUGGUCGCUCGGCUGCAUCUUGUACGAACUCGCCAUGCUUCGGUCGCCAUUCAAAUCCGAGGGACUCAACCUCUACGGUCUUUUUCAAAAGGUCAACAAGGGCGAGUACGACCCUGUCUCGGAUAUCUACAGCGACGCACUCCGGUCCCUCGUGACGCAGAUGCUGUCAUUGAACGCCAACGACCGCCCGACAAUGGCCGCGAUCUGCGCCGUGAGCAGCGCGUGUCACGAGUCCCGCGCGGCGCCCAAGGUCCACCCGCGCCCCGCGAGCGUCGACAACCAAAAAGAACCGGCGUCGAGUUCACUAAGCCGGCAGUCGACACCCAACAACAACACGUCGGCCGAAACGACCCCCGAGAGUAGCCCGCGCACAGACGAGACGGCCAUGACCAUGUACCUCAUGGACGCCGUGUACGAGAAGCUCAUGCUGCUGCGAUGCAACCUGCAAAGUCUCCAAGUGCCCCUUACACGCAUCUACUUUGCGCAAGCCAGUCGUCCCCCGCAACAGUGGACGCAUGCCCUGCGGCUAUUGCAGUGGCUCUUUGCGAAGCUCGAGAUGCCACUGGACGUGGCGCUCGACGACCCGUUAGAACCGCCGCUGCGACAAGCGACCGCAGUGCUCAUCGCUGCAGGCACCCUCGGGUGCGACGCUGCCGCGACGCUCUCGCCGUCGUCGAUGCUUGCGGGCCACGGACUUGCGCUCUGCACCGUCCUCGACCACAAGCGUCGAUCGCUCGACACCGAGCUCACAACGCUGCAAGCCUCACUGGUCUCCGCGCCGCACUGACCACCCUCCGCGCCGACAUCCACAGCAUGGAGCUCACUAUGCAGCUCCAGCAGCGCACGCUCUUGGAGGCGCAAACCAACGCACAGACGCGGCAGCGAAGACACCAUACCAUCUCGUAUUAAGGCGACGCAAAUCCAAAUGGAUCGUGCGACUUGGU